CUUAUUAAAUAGAAAUUGCAAAUGGCCUCCAAAGCGUUUUCAAGGGUUGUCAGAGCUUCGAAUGCCAACACCUCGCUAGCUCUGCGAAACUUUUCGACGACCUCACGUCUCCGUUCGGCCGAGGUGUCAGCUAUUCUGGAACAGAGAAUAGCCGGACACAAGGAGAAGGUCGAUGUAGAAGAAAUCGGACGUGUGCUCUCCAUCGGAGACGGAAUCGCACGUGUGUAUGGCCUAAACAACGUGCAAGCUGAAGAGAUGGUGGAGUUCUCUUCAGGUUUGAAGGGAAUGGCCUUGAACUUGGAACCGGACAAUGUAGGUAUUGUGGUUUUGGGAAAUGACAAGCUCAUCAAGGAAGGCGAUGUUGUUAAGAGGACUGGAGCCAUCGUUGAUGUACCUGUCGGACCAGAGUUGCUGGGUCGCGUUGUUGACGCACUGGGACAGCCUAUUGAUGGAAAGGGUCCGAUUAACUCCAAACUGAGGCGACGAGUGAACUUGAAAGCGCCUGGCAUCAUCCCUAGGAUCUCAGUGAAAGAACCCAUGCAGACGGGCAUCAAAGCCGUAGACAGUCUGGUGCCCAUCGGUCGAGGCCAGCGAGAGUUGAUCAUCGGAGAUCGACAGACCGGAAAAACUGCAGUUGCCAUUGACACCAUUAUCAACCAGAAGAGGUUUAACGACGGAGAUGAUGAGAAGAAGAAGCUGUACUGUAUCUAUGUGGCCAUUGGACAGAAGAGAAGUACAGUAGCCCAACUGGUGAAGAGAUUGACGGACGCAGGGGCCAUGCAGUACUCGAUCAUCGUCUCGGCAACUGCCUCAGACGCCGCUCCCCUCCAGUAUAUUGCACCCUAUUCGGGCUGUGCGAUGGGAGAAUACUUCCGAGACAACGGCAAACAUGGCCUCAUCAUCUACGACGAUCUGUCCAAGCAGGCUGUGGCGUACCGACAGAUGUCCCUGCUGCUCCGAAGACCCCCAGGACGAGAGGCCUACCCUGGUGAUGUGUUCUACCUGCACUCGAGACUGUUGGAGAGAGCGGCAAAGAUGAAUGACACAAACGGAGGAGGAUCCCUAACUGCUCUUCCGGUGAUUGAGACCCAGGCCGGAGACGUGUCGGCUUACAUCCCAACUAACGUGAUCUCCAUCACUGACGGACAGAUCUUCUUAGAGACGGAAUUGUUCUACAAAGGUAUCCGACCAGCCAUCAACGUCGGUCUGUCCGUAUCACGUGUAGGGUCUGCCGCCCAGACCAAAGCCAUGAAACAAGUGGCAGGAUCCAUGAAACUCGAACUGGCUCAGUACCGAGAAGUGGCAGCCUUCGCCCAAUUCGGAUCUGAUCUGGACCAGGCCACACAGAAUUUGUUGAACAGGGGAACUAGACUGACUGAGUUGCUUAAACAGGGCCAGUAUGUGCCGAUGAGUAUCGAGACACAAGUGGCUGUCAUCUACACUGGAGUGAGGGGAUAUUUGGACAAAAUGGAGCCAAGUCAUAUUACCAAGUUUGAAAAGAAAUUCAUGGCACAUAUUACGUCAGCUCAGCAAGAUUUCUUGAGCAAAUUGAAAGGGACUGGUAGCUUGACUGAAGAGCUGGAGACAAAGCUGAAGUCGAUAGUAGAAUCUUUCAUGGAGUCAUUCGACCCUGCACAGGAUUAAAUAGUGAUUAUGAAUAUGGAUCAAGUAACGCCCUAGACGCGACUCACAACUGAAUAAUGCGGACUCACAACGAAAACUGGAUGUCUAUAUAGAUGUGAUCCACUAAAUUGUAACAUGGAAACUUGAAUUAACAUUUGAUAACUA